AUAUAGAAAGAAUAUUCGACUUUUCAUUUCGUUUUUUCUCCUAUAAAUUCUCUUUCGGUUUCCUCGAUUUUUUACGAUGAACUCUAUCAUUUUUUUUUUCCUUUUCUAAAUUUGGAAAAAAAAAUGUAUCAACCAAAAUAAAUCUUUGAUCAUUGCAUGAAAAAAAAUGUUGAAAAGUGUAAGUCCAAUGGCAUUCUACGAUAUAGGCGACCAGCAAUACUCUGCUUUGGGGUACAUCGUAAGCAAGCCUGGGAAUGUAGGAGCGUACGACAUAGACACUCCGAUGCCAACCAUAGACGAUGCGAUCUACGGCUCAGAUGAGUUCCGCAUGUACGCUUACAAGAUCAAACGGUGUCCUCGUACCCGCAGCCACGACUGGACUGAGUGUCCCUACGCUCACCGCGGCGAGAAAGCCACACGCCGUGAUCCUCGGCGUCACACUUACUGCGCAGUCGCAUGCCCGGCUUUCAGAAACGGAGCAUGCCACCGUGGGGACUCAUGCGAAUUCGCACACGGUGUAUUCGAGUACUGGCUCCACCCGGCGCGUUACAGAACACGCGCUUGCAACGCCGGGAACUUGUGUCAAAGGAAAGUGUGUUUCUUCGCACACGCGCCGGAGCAGCUUCGGCAGUCAGAGGGUAAGCACAGGUGCAGGUACGCUUACAGGCCAGUGAGGGCUAGAGGCGGAAACAGUAAUGGGGUGGCGAUGAGAUUGGACGGUGAGGAUUACGACACGUCACGAACUCCGGAGAAAAGCGGGAAAAGUGGUUUAGAUAGUAACGAGGAGAAGGUGUUGUUGAAGUGUUGGAGUCGGAUGAGCAUUGUGGAUGAUCAUUAUGAGCCGUCUGAUUUGGAUUUCGAUUUGAAUUUCCAUUUGGAUUGGAUCUCAGAGCUGGUCGAUUAGAUUGUGAAACUAAAGGGAGAGAGAGAGAAGAAGAAACCGAUAAAUAAAGUGGAUUUUAACAAAAUCCACAAGAUCAAGAUUCAAGAUGAGAGAUCUUGUCAUGUAUAUGGUAAAUUGAAUUGUAAUGAUUUCUUGCAAUGUCGUAAAAAGAGUUAUUUCACUGAUCAUGUAAUUGUAAGCUGAUUCUUGAUCUUAUUUGAAGUCUAUCACUCUAUCAGUUUCGAGAUAA